UCCGGCGAGUCGUUUGUAUUGCACCAUUUUAUAAAAGUUUUUAAAAGCACGUUCAACCGUCGAUCAUCGCCAGUCCCGUCGCCAUCGAUCAAAAGGCGCCGCUUGAUUACAUCCUCUGCAAUAGGGAAACAUUUUAAUAAUAUCUAAAAGUGAUUUAAGUCUGAAUUAAACCGAAUUUACCAUCAGUCAUCCUGUUAUUCUGCGAUCAACGGAGUGGCGUAAACAAAAACAUAACCUGACAUUCGGUGGAUGACAGUCGUGGUGAAAUUAAGGGUAGCCCUUGGAGAGAUUCAGCACGAAACCAAAUGUUGCGCGGCAUUGUGCUCGGUGUUCACACAGGCAAGGACCAGGACAAGUACGAAUUGACUUCAUUCGCAAAACGCUACGACGAGUCGAUCGGUGGAAAGCUCUCGGAAAGUUUAAAAAUAUUGACUGCAUUUUGAACGAAUAAUCAGGCCGUCUAAUAUUUACUGCUAUACAUAAUUUACGACCAACUAAAGCCUAAGUAGGGGCACAGAAACAGAAACGCGAAAGAAAGCUUCGUUGCAGCUUUCAACAAACAAAGUGAUUGCAAUCGAACGAUAAAGUCAUAAUUGUAAAAUAAUUUCGUAUUAAAUCACAUGUCGAUGCAAUGACAGCGCGACGACCACGUUCGCUCUCCCCCAUGGGAGUUGAUUCAUCACACCACCAUGGCGAGGACAGGAAACGACGACCAGUUGGUCUAAAUGGCAUUAGUUCGACUGUGGAGGACAAAACUAGCGAUUUCCUUUGUCCCAUUUGCUUCGACAUCAUUCGCGAUGCACAUAUUACACGAUGCGGGCAUACAUUUUGCCACGAAUGCAUUCAUAAAUCAAUUACCACAUUUAAGCGCUGUCCAAAAUGCAACGUAAUGCUUAAUCCUGACACAAUAUUUCCUAACCACCUUCUCGAUGAGUUAAUAUCCAAACAUAAUUUGAGAAUGCAACUGCAGGACGGACUGAAUGCUACCACUGCAGCCCCAACUCCAGCAGGAGGGCCGGAUGGUUUGAAGAAUUUUUUGUCAACCGAAUCCCAAAAAUUGUCCCUAACCGAUGUGAAUAUUAUGCUGGAGAUACUGACCCAGAGAAAGCAAUUGCUAGAAUCGGAGUCCAGUGCAGCACAAAACCAGUUACUCUAUGAGUUUUUAACGCAUUUGCUUAGACAAAAGGAGGAUCAACAGGCUCAAAUUAUGAAGGAAAUUACUUUAGUGAAAAAGGAUCUAGAAAGUGUUAGUAGCAUUUUGUCAACAGUGAGCGGAAGGAGUAGCCGAGAGGAUAAUUCGCAGGCGAAAGGUGAUAUUUCAAUUGAAGGUGCUAAACUUGAAAAACAGCCGACGACAUCACACAGUGAUGGUUUCAAUGCCAAUGCUGAAGGAGUCGCAGACACUAGUUCCAGAAGUAAUUUCCUAUCUCGAAAGCGGCGCAUGUACUCCCAUUUCGACGAUUUUGUUUCAUCGUACUUUUCGACACGAAGUCAAGAACUGUACUUAGGAACGGAUUCCACCCAUAUUAGUGCAGACGACAAACUAAAAGUUUCCUCCCAUGUUCGUCAAGGACUUGAUACAUUCCGUGAUAAUCUUGUAAAAUUCUCACGCUAUAGUAGCCUUCGUCCUUUAGCCACAAUGCAUUAUUCUAGCGAUUUACAUAUUAGUUCAACAAUCGUAUCCACAAUUGUGUUCGAUAAGGACAAUGAAUACUUCGCUAUUGGAGGCGUAACGAAACGCAUAAAAGUGUAUGAUUACUUAGCGGUUGUUCGUGAUCCGGUGGACAUUCAUUAUCCAUGCGUGGAGAUGGUGUCGAAAAGUAAGAUCUCGUGUAUAGCUUGGAACUCGUAUCAUAAAAAUAUCCUAGCGUCAAGUGACUAUGAAGGCGCGGUAAAUAUUUGGGACGUCACGACCAGUAAGUUGACGAAGUGUUUUCAAGAGCACGAAAAACGAUGUUGGAGUGUGGACUUCAAUGAGGUGGACACACGGUUAAUUGUGUCGGGAUCGGACGAUGCAAGAGUGAAAUUAUGGUCGCUCAAGGACGAACAUUCGAUCGCAACUUUAGAAGCUAAGGCAAAUGUUUGUUGUGUAAAAUUCAAUCCGAAAAUUUCAUAUCAAUUGGCUUUCGGUUCGGCCGAUCAUGACGUACAUUUCUAUGAUCUGCGGAACAUGAGUCGUGCUAUUUGUGUAUUUAAAGGACAUAAAAAGGCUGUUUCCUAUGUGAAAUUUCUUAAUACCCACGAAAUAAUCUCUGCGAGUACGGAUAGCCAACUGAAAUUGUGGAACGUGAACUCACCACCGUAUUCGUUACGAUCAUUUACGGGUCAUGUGAAUGAAAAGAACUUUGUCGGUCUUGCUACGGACGGUGAUUAUAUUGCGUGCGGUAGCGAAGACAACUCAAUGUUUAUUUAUUAUAAAGGACUCUCGAAACCGUUAUUUAGUAAGAAAAUUGAAGUUGGACAUCGAGUGUCCGAUUUGGAACGAUCAAAUGAUUUGAAUGAAUUUGUGUCGGCCGUUUGUUGGCGCAAGCAGUGCAAUGUAGUUUUAGCGGCAAAUAGCCGUGGUCUUAUAAAUAUUUUAGAAUUAGUUUAAGUAAAUGUUGAUGGAAGGGUGUGUUUUGCUUGUUUGUUCUACUCCUUACAAUUUCUGUUGUACAGAAUUUAUUCAGAAGGAACUUUUGCCGUUUUCAUUCAUAUCAUAUCAUUUUUACGGCACAUAGUCGACGUAGUGCUUUGUAUCUGAGUAAAAGCAAAACAUGCCUUUCACGAGUAAGAUAAAGUUGGUUUAGGAAGUUCAGUCCCUGGUUUAUGUACGCCAAUGGCGCAUAAAAUUAGUAUGCAGAAUUUGCCAAAUCAAUCUGAAGAAAAUCAAGUCAUUUAUAAUUUAAGAUAGAUGAAAAAAAGAUUAGAUACUUCUAAGUAAUGUUAUACAACGCUAUUUGGUUUUAAGUAGAGCCUUCAUCAAUACAAAGUCUUUUAGUUUUUUUUUUCUAAUUUGAUAUCAAUUGUACAUCAUUCUUCAUUUAAUAUUAUUUUCAUAUAAAAAAUGAUAGCAGGAAUAAACAAAGUAUUUAAAUUCAUUUAAAUGUUUUGGUUUAAUUUUUCGUUUACCCUCGUUCGUCGCUCACUUGUUAGCAAAUCAUCUAAAUGUACACUAGUUAUACAAGUCUGAAACAUAGUUAUAUAUACGAACAAUGUUGCUUUGUUUAGAUAAUUAGGAUAUGCAAAUUUUUUAAUAAUUAUAGUUAUUGGUCUUAAUUUCUAGGAUGCAUUGUUGAAAUACAAAACUGCCAAUAUCAAAAUUGAACGAAAUUAAAGCUCAAAAUAUCCUUAGGAUUUUAAAAAGAAAACGAACUAAUUAACUAACCUAUGAAGUGUUUUGCAACGGUGUUAGCUGUUAGUAAAGACUUCCAAUCAUCGUUAUUAAGCAUUGAGCUACAAUGCUGCGUUUUUUGGAGCUCUCAUGUUGGUUAUUCAUAUGCAUAGAUUCAGAUGAUUGCUCUCUGAAUAGGAUUAAUACUAAACGUGGCUAAUUCAGAGCAUAUAGAAUUUAUUCCGAAUACACACUGUACACAAUCGUCUGCUUGAGCAGUUUAACGCUAAACCAUUUCUUGCGUUAAAUAGCUAUCAUACAAGCGCCGCCAGAAAUUACACGUCGAACUCAUGAUAUUCUCGUUCCACCCAUUUAGCAGCAUAACAGCACUUCGCUCCUUGCGUUGCAAAAAUUAAUUGCUGGCUAUUCAUGAAACCUUUUAUCUAAAUCCAAAAAUAAAACACUUGCAUUUGCAUCAGACUAUGUGGACUUUACUGUUUUUGUUUCUGGGCCAAUAUGAGUAUUUUCUCAUUCUCUGGAUCUGCUACUGUUGCUGCCUUACUGUUAAAGCAGUUCUUUGACCUGCGUUGAAGUCCACAGAAGGAGGUUCAACUCCCAGCACAUUGUCUGUAAUUUUAUGGUGGAGAAAAAUCAUUGCGCAUCUUCGACCAUCGAUGGAAAUUGCGGGAGAUAAAUUCCGCACAUAAGGUCUGGUUUUAGUGCCAUGUAUGUGAUCCAGUGCAUUGGUGUGCGCCUACGUGGAUGCGAGUACAUGGCUGCAAGCAUGUGGAAUUGUACAGCUGCUUAUCACUUGUCACAUGAGAUGAAGAAACACAAGAAAACCAUCUAAGUACCAUCGACACAGCAAUACAUUAACCACAUGGCCCACGGGCCAGUUAGUUACCUCAUCUCCACCCCAAAGACUAUUUUGGGACAGGGUAGGUGAAUGUAUUUACGCACAGAGUGUUGGAAUCCCGCAACGGUACGCCGUCGGACUACCAACUAAACACCUGCUAAUUUUCAGACAGCUAGCCUGGAACCGUUUGUCACAUUACUUCGGGCAAGUCCGCGAACUCUCCCGCCUUGCGGAGCCUUCAAAUCAAGGGAUUUUUCUUCAUUGAGAAGAAAGGGAACUGUUAGUACAAGGAAUCCCUUACCAUCCAGCUCCUCCACCAGUCGAGCCCUAUCUUCUUUGUAACGAAAAAAACUCGAACGUAAUCCACAACACACUCCUCAGCAUCUCCUUGAAAAUAUUGUCUGGAGACAUAUCCCCUAUAUUUAAAUAGAGUUUCUGACGAAUCCCAUCCCACCUUCUACAAGAAAAAAAAGUGUGAUGGUCGUCGUCCACAACCCUAUUGCAAAACACACAAUCAGGAGAUCGUGCCUUGCCAAUCUUGUGCAGGUAAUACUCAAAACCUUCAUGCCCACUUAAAAGCUGGGUAAAGAAAUAGCCUCACCGUGUUUCCGAUCUAGUCAAGCACCUAAGUGGCUGAUGAACUGCGCAGUCUAUUUGCCUGUAGUUUCAUUUUGCCAAGAGAGUUGCCACUCAUCUAGUGUACGUUGACGUUCGUCACGAGCAACCACCUUACUUGCGCUUGAAUAUCCCUUUCCCGUUCUUAGCAAGAAGGGCAACAGGAAUCACUCCCGCGAUCACCAUUACGGCCGGUUCAGAGACAGUGCGGUACUGCAAAGCUCAUCUUUGAGCCAAGGGUCAGGCAAAGAUACUUAACCAUUGGCUUUCACUCGAUUAUCGACUCGUCGAUCGAUAUGGGAAGCAGAGUCGGGAUUCUCUUUUUAGUCAGGAUGACCACUUCGGUUCAAACCAUGGGCAGUAAUCCAUCCGCUUACUCGUUGCAUCAAUAUAUACCAAGUCUGUUUUGCGCCUGUUCGACAGUACAUUUAGCAACAAGCGCCGCGACGUAAUCUCCAUAAUAAUCCAAGCGCGAUUCUUCUGGCAUGUCAAGUUUAGUCUGCUUAAACAACAAAAGUAUUAUUUAGUGUGCCUAGAAUGUUUUUCGAUCUUAUGGAAAUAAAGGUAUUUCUGACGUCAAACGCUGCGAGGAGCAGCAUCCGUCGAGCUCGACGGCUGUGUGGCUCCACGCGAUGAACAGCAUCCACGACAUUGCAGCCAGAACUCUGGAUCUCUUUGCUCUAAAGCCGAACUGCCGUGGGAAUAAAUUUCCGGCGGCACGUAGUGGUCAUAAUGAAAACAGCAGCUCAAUGUCGCCUUUCCCUUUGCUGAGCAGCGCAAUCCUCGCCAUACCCUCUUUCAGGCAAGCGUCGAAUGCGCCGAGAAGUAGCUCUGGCCGAUGUUGGAGAAAAAGUUUUUAUUCCUGUGCUGGGAUACCGUCGGACGCUGGCGUUUUCUUGUUUUUAACAGAGAGGACUACCUCUUCUAUCCUGUAGAAGGUCAUCAUCUUGUACGGGGUGCGCAUGGAAUAAUGCCCAUACAAUGUGGUCCAUCUGCAUGGGUUUAAGUGAACAGGGUUUUCCCAGAGCCCCAACUUUUUUGAAUUACCAGUUUGUAGCCGAGUCCCCACGGCUUCCUAUUUUCCUUGUUCCGCUCGAAGUAUUCCACCCGAUGUCUCCUCCGAAGUGUCUUUCCUUUCUGCACGUGUACAGCUAUGUUGCCAACUCUAUAGUUGAUAUGUCAAUUCCUUCGUUUGAUUGCCUCCAGGGAUCGAUCAUCCACCUCGAUCGUGCGGAAUCUGCCUUUCUCCUCCACCCUACUUCUGAAUACUCUCCAUAAUCGCGUAUGGAUAUCCUCAUUCUGAGCGAUUAGGAGGCCCAUGAGAUCUUCUGUCUCUACUGUUGCGGCUUUUUUUAGUUUCUGGGUUGCGGUUGGAUAGUCCUUCUGGUUAUACAAUGUUGUUAGGAGGUCAGUUGUUGAUAAUAGAAAGGCCAAGGGAGUUUUGGAUGGUCCCUACCGCCUCAAAUAUUUUAAUAUCUGGAAAUGGAGAUACCUCAACACUUAACAUAAAAUUGAGAGCGUUUCGCACGAAUAUUGUUUCUAGUCAGACAUAUUGUUUGGAGUAAUGCUAAUCGGAAGGGGAAGUGGUAUCCACUACCACCACGCAUGAAAAAGCAAAAGCUACAUUGGAAUCCACUGGCCACAAAGAGCGCACAAUACUAGGGGAGAAAUAUGGGCUCCUCAUGAAAUCUUGUAGGAAGCUGAAGCCCAUGUCUGGAAAUCGAAAACGAUGGUGCUUAAGUGAUUGAUUCUCUGUGCCCUACUUGGUAGACGAAGGCAACUAUGUCUGUACAUGCGCUGUAAGAUCUGGUUGACUUCGCAUACUUGGAAGUGGCAAGCGCGGUGAACACAUAUCUUUUAUGGCAGUUACGAGUGGGAUCGAAAGUGAUGUACUUGAGCUCCGAUAUAACAGAUCUCAAUAAAUAUAAUGUAGCGUACGCUGUGAAGUUACUUCAGUACCGUAUACCGCAUCAUGGCAGAGGUGGUCACAAAUCUUUCGGUAGUCGGAUUAGGGGUGAAUCCCCAUCUAGCUUAGGAAGAAGCAGGAGCGAUGAAGUUUUACCUCUCGUAGAUAAUAUCUAAAAUAAUACUAGAGCAUAAACUCUACACAUGCAAUGAUUUCCAUGAUUUUGUGUUAAGUUUAAGGUGGCUCAUCAUACAUGCACUUUCCUACGUUCAAUUAAGGGAUUUUGACAAGAACAUGAGCAUUCUCGGAGUACCGUACCAACGAAAUAGUGAUUCGAUCCUGUAUUGGUUCGCUUAUAUAUUCUGGCAUUCAUCAAGCUGAGAAGUGGCAGCGUUCGAUUGGUCACACUGUGGUCAAUUUGGUUGACUGUUGAAACCUCCGAGUAUGAUUUUGAUGUCAUACCUGGGUUAGCCCUCGGAAGGUUUAUUCCACUGCCUCGUAGGAGGUAUCCUUCUCGGUUUCUGUAGUCCUCUGUAGGUGUGUGCAUUUUUAUGAGGCUGAUGUUUCGUUAUUUGCAUCGCAGGUGCAGAGUGCAAAGUCGUUUUCUUAUGACACUUAUUUUUACAGCAAAUAAUAACGGGGUUGACUAGGCAACUUCCGAUCCGGGAAAUCGGCCCGUGUUCAGCUCAUUAGCUCCUACUUUAUCCAGGAUGCGCAGGUUCCAUAAGACAAGGUGUAAAUUGUCUGUCCACUUUCUUUUUCGGGUCCGUCGUUGCGUGUCCAGUACAAUCCAACUAUAUACCCUCCUCCAAACAAGCGAUCCAUUUGGUACAGUUUUUCUCGGUUUUAGUCGCAGAAAACUCGCUACUAUCCUCCGUUUGCAGCUUUUCGUUAUGAUAGAAAUCCCAGGUAUCACCACAUGGAGAUCGAGACAACCGUUUCCCAGGUUUUGUGCUUCAUUGUCCUUAAUACAAAUCACACUUUUCCGAAAUAUUCGGGAAUGGAUUCAUUGUUCAAGACAUUGUACGUCCUGGCCAGCAAAUGAGUUAAUUGUAGCCUUUAUCCAUGCAAAAAGCUCUCACAAUUAAUCAUGAAAAUUGUUUUUAUUGGCGUCCCAGAAGCCAGGACCUUCUUCCGUCAAAGUAAAAUAAUUUUUCGGCUGUUUCUAUGAAUAGGCUCCAGGCAGUGGCAGUAAACAAAUUGCGAGAAGUCUCGGUAUUCUCAACUUUCAGUAUUAUUUUAAGCUCCCCGUGGAUUUUCCGCUGUAACGUAUUUUGAAUACCUUACGUAUCAAGAUAGUUGAUUGUGUGAUGUUAUGCAGUAGUGUCAAUGUGUAGGAUAUUUGAAGGACUUUUCAAACCUUGAGCGUUGUGAGUAGUUAAUAACCAAAGGAGCCUUUGAUUGUCUAUUACAGAAAGCAGUCCAGAUUUGAUUUCCUUAUUAUUAAAAUAACAAAGUCACUGCAACAGUAUCUUUUACUCUCACAGACUAGAAUAUGCAAAUGAAUCUCAGAUGCAUUCUUAAAAUGAUUUUUAUUGCAUUUAUAUAAUAAUAACAAAAGUUAACAAGUUAAAAGAAAAAAAUGUAUUUGAAGUUGAAUUAUAUAUAAAGUAAAGUGGAAAGAAAAAAGCAUAUAUCGUGUCCCUUUUAUAUUUUUCGAAAACUUUAUUUAAUAUGUAUAUGUAGUAGUUCUUAUGAAAUUCAAAAUGAUACACAGUAGCUAAACAAAACGUAGUAUAUGAAAAUAAAUAUUAAAGAAUAAAAAUUAUAUAAAAUCUAGGUAAGAACACGUCCACCGAGAAUAACACAUUUAAAAUUAAUGCAAAUCAGUUAGAACGCGCUAAAAAUCUGCAAUUAUCUGUUUGAAAUGAAUGUAAACUGAUGAAAUUAAAGGUUAUCGAUAAAGACAAGCAAUAUUAAUAGGCAUUAGACGCAGUUGGUUGUUUCUUUGAAAUUAUGGAUCCAAUGCACAAUUAACUGAAUGUAUAGCGAGAGAAUAAAUACGUAUAUGAUCAUGGA